AUGGCUCUUCCUCCUCUCGAAGAGCUGGCGGUGCUUGAAAUCAUGCUAUUUUUCAGCGACGAUGUAUCAGCUCUGCUUGAGGGCAGCGUUGAAACAGCAUCACGUCGGUCUCACUUUCAGUUCAAGCCCCAGUUCGAACACAGUUCUUACGAUUUCAUGGUACCUGAAGGAACGAAUCCUGUGUCGACAAAUCUGGCGGUGAUCUCGUAUAUGGGCAAGAAGGAUAAGCCGAUGCCGGUGUUCAAGAUUUCCUUCGAUCGGAUGAGAUGGUUUGAAAUCGGAAACAUCACAACAAAGGAGCUGGAUGACUACAUUGAGUACAAAGUGAUGAUAAACCAACGCUCCGAUGUCUAUGUGCAAUACAACCUAACGAAGGACGGAGUUUACAAAUUUUCAAUUGAA